UGCAUCGCACACUUGUAGGAGAAAAUAUAAUUGCGUUUAUAUUGUAUUACUAUGUGCUCAAAAGUAUGUGCAUUAUUAGUAGCAUUUGUUUACCUAUUUCUACGGUAUUAAAAAUUGGAUGUUACAAAAAGGAUCAUCGUCUGAUAGAUUCGGAGAGCAAGUGCUAUAACGAUAAUAAAAAAUGGUUUAAUCUAUAUCUGAAGCUAUUUAUCGUACUGUUUAUCUUAAUAGGCAUAAAAUGGCUUAUGUUAACAGCGGAAGUAUUAUCUGAAAAUGUAUCAAUUUUCAACUCGUAUGUUUUUGAUUUGCUGGACAUUAUGCACCUGUCAUAUGCACCUUUAUCAUAUUUCUGUGGAAAAAAAGGAUCAAGCACGUGUUAUUCAAGCGAUUCGGCUGCGGUUUGUUGUCACAAGCUCGAUCCGAAUCGAAUGCAACAUUGUCGAGCAUUAUUUCCACGUAAAAAGAUAUAUAUAUAUAGUCAUACAAGAGAAGAUGAGUUCUUCCGGACGAGCAUAAAGUCACACUGAUAUGACCGACCUUUAAUUUUUAUUUGAAAAUUAAAAUCAUGUUUAUUUAUAUGCUGAUCUUUAUGUUUAAGAUUAAUAAUUAUAAUUCAUACAUAUUUUCGGAUUUCGUAGCAAAAGCAUAUA